UGUGUCGGGUUUGGGCCGCCGCGCGCGCUCUCCCCUCAGUUUCGACUCGCGGGCUGACUUUGCCCGCGCGCCCUCUUGCUUGUCCGUCGGCGGCCUCGCAGCCGCCCGCGCCCGCCCGGGGACCGCGUCCCCAGUCUCGGGCGGGCGCACGCUCCCCCGGCCGGAGGGACCCGGGCGACGCUCGCCCCCUCCCCUGCACUCCCCUCCUCCCGGCGGCGUGCGCACACGGCGGCCCGGGCACGCGCCCGCCAAGAUGGCAGGGGCCGGGGCCCAGCUGUCAGGCGCCGCCGCCGCAGCCCGUCCCCGCAGCUAGCGGCCCGGACGGCAGCCCCGAGAAGAUGAGCCCUCGCUGCCCCCCGCAGCCCAGCGAGACGCGGAGCCGCCGCGCCCGGGGCCGGCUGCCCCGCUAACGCCCCGCGCCCCGCGCCGCGCCCCCGGCCCCGCGCGCCCGCCCCGGCAGCGACAAUGAGCGAACAGAGUAUCUGCCAAGCCCGGGCUUCCGUGAUGGUCUACGAUGACACCAGUAAGAAGUGGGUACCAAUCAAACCUGGCCAGCAGGGAUUCAGCCGGAUCAACAUCUACCACAACACUGCCAGCAACACCUUCAGAGUCGUUGGAGUCAAGCUUCAGGAUCAGCAGGUUGUGAUCAAUUAUUCAAUCGUGAAAGGGCUGAAGUACAAUCAGGCAACGCCAACCUUCCACCAGUGGCGAGAUGCCCGCCAGGUCUAUGGUUUAAACUUUGCAAGUAAGGAAGAGGCGACCACGUUCUCCAAUGCCAUGCUGUUUGCCCUGAACAUCAUGAAUUCCCAAGAAGGAGGCUCCUCCAGCCAGCGUCAGGUGCAGAAUGGCCCGUCUCCUGAUGAGAUGGACAUCCAGAGAAGACAAGUGAUGGAGCAGCAGCGCCAGGAGUCUCUAGAGAGAAGAGCCUCAGCCACAGGACCCACCCUCCCAGCGGGGCACCCCUCCAUUGCAGCUGGCGCCCCCCUCUCGUGUAGCGGGCCUCCACCCCCACCCCCACCCCCUGUCCCACCUCCACCCACAGGGGCCGCCCCCCCUCCCCCGCCCCCCCUGCCAGCCGGAGGAGCCCAGGGCGCCAGCCACGACGAGGGCUCCGUGUCCGGCCUGGCCGCCGCCCUGGCUGGGGCCAAGCUGAGAAGAGUCCCGCGGCCAGAAGAUGCGUCCGGAGGCUCCAGUCCCAGUGGGACCUCGAAGUCUGACGCCAACCGGGCGAGCAGUGGGGGUGGAGGAGGAGGCCUCAUGGAAGAAAUGAACAAGCUGCUGGCCAAGAGGAGAAAAGCAGCCUCCCAGACAGACAAGCCGGCUGAUAAAAAGGAAGACGAAAGCCAAACGGAAGAGCCGAGCACCUCUCCAUCUCCGGGGACCCGAGCAGCCAGCCAGCCCCCCAACUCCUCAGAGGCCGGCCGGAAGCCCUGGGAGCGGAGCAGCUCGGCGGAGAAGCCCGUGUCCUCCUUGCUGUCCAGAACCCCGUCUGUGGCCAAGAGCCCCGAAGCUAAGAGCCCCCUUCAGUCGCAGCCUCACUCUAGGAUGAAGCCGGCGGGAAGUGUAAACGACGUGGCCCUGGAUGCCUUAGAUUUAGACCGGAUGAAACAGGAGAUCCUCGAGGAGGUGGUCCGCGAGCUCCACAAAGUGAAGGAGGAGAUCAUCGACGCCAUCAGGCAGGAGCUGAGUGGGAUCAGCACAUCGUAGGUCGCUCGGCCCCCGACGCCGCCUGAGACCCGGUCCAGCCGAAGGCGGGGACAGCAAGGAGCCCAGCGCCCAGGCCUCCAGCACACACGAGCACGCACUGAAGCUAGGAUGUGCUUCGUUUAAAAGUCUUAACCUGUGAUAAAAUAUUAAAAUGAGGAAAAAAGUUCAGCUCCUGGAUUUUUUUAGAUUCAACCUGACACAGCACACCAGGCCUGUCGCUUUUUUUUGUAUUUUAUAUUUGCCUAUUUAAGUGUACAUUCCUUUCGGUUUAUAGAGAAGACACCCCGAGUCAGUCACGCGCCUCGCUAGAUGGUUUCAAGUUUUCUCCUAGGUGCCACCGGGAGCAGCGGCCGCUUCCACGUGGCUCCUUCCCAGCGUCCUGGUGGUUGGGGUCCAUCCACGCACCAGGCGGUCUGUGUGCACGUGGUAAUAAACGCUUACCGUCCACACCC